UGCUCAGGAGGAUGUGGACAGUGGUCUGAGAGUGACCAUCCCCAGGCCACUCUCUUCAUCCUCUGGCUGGUCAGCUGCAUUCUACUGGCAGGCAGCUAUAUCUUCCGCAGGCACAAAGAGACCACCGUGAUCAUCAUCGAUCCAGAGGCUCGAAACCAUGGUAACCAGAGUGAUAUGGACCAGGAAGAAGAUGAGGGGGAAGAUAAAAGAGACAAAAAUGGUUUCUAUGGGAACGCCAGUGAGACUAAUGGUCAUGCUUCCAAUAGGGAGGAGAGAGAGAGCAAUGGGUUUCUAUUUAAAGAGAAAAUCAAGGAUGGGUAUGCGUCAGAGAAUACCGGUAACCAGAAAUCAGAGACAACUUCCCAAAACAUCACCUCAAGCACUAUCUCUGCUGUGAAGUCCCCGCCCUCUUUAGAAAAGUUCCUGCUGUAUGCGGUGGGUCUGGGAGUGAUCUUGCUUUACUUCUUCUUCUGUGAGGUUUGGGAUGAAUGGCCCGCAGGAGAAAGGAUCUAUAACAGAGACCAGUUCAUGUUUUUCGCCCUCCUCAUGUUCUUGGUGGCUGGAGUAUUCACUGUACGUACCUGUCCAGACAAGUUAAUCAACAGAGACCAGACCGAGGAAUGGAAAGGUUGGAUGCAGGUGAUGUUUGUUUGGUACCAUUACUUCAGAGCAGCUGAAACAUAUAACCUGGUGCGCUUCUACAUCGCCUGCUAUGUCUGGAUGACUGGCUUUGGUAACUUUUCAUUCUUCUGGGUGCGAAAAGACUUCAGCCUCUGGCGAAUGAUGAAGAUGAUGUUCCGUCUGAACUUCCUUGUAAUACUCGUCGUCAUGGUAACGGACAAUAGUUACAUGUUAUAUUACAUCUGUGCCAUGCAUACCUACUGGUUCCUUACUGUAUACCUCUUCAUGUUCACCUUUCGGUCUUGGAACGAGAAUCCCCGUUGGAUGGCCAUCAAGUUUGUAGUAUACCUCAUCUGCAAUGCAAUCAUCUUUGAUACCCCUUUAUUAGUCUACAUCUUCAGGCCAUUAUGGUUUAUCUUAUCAUACGAGGGCUCCCUACACGAAUGGCAAUUCAGGGCAGGCCUUGACCAUUAUGCAUGCUUUGUAGGGAUGCUUUGUGCCUACAACUACCCUUAUUAUGAACGAUGGAUGAACUACCUCGACAAGAAGCACAUCGAUAGACGAGACAAGUUUCUCUCCGUCUCCAUCAAAGGAUUCAUCAUCGGUGUCCUCCUUCUCCUCCUUGUUGUUUGGUAUCGAGAGUUCAUGAUGAAAGAGAAGUAUGCUUACAACGCCAUCCAUCCUUACAUCUCCUGGUUCCCCAUACUCACUUACAUCAUCCUGCGUAACAUGUUUCCAGCUCUUCGUACUAGAUACCUCUACUUCUUCACAUUCCUCGGGAAGAUCACCCUAGAAACCUAUAUCUCUCAACUCCACAUCUACCUGCAGAGCAACGCCAAAGACCUCAUCGUCUACAUACCAGGUUACCCACUCAUGAACUUUGCACUCGCUACAGCAAUCUAUUUAUUCAUUUCCUACUGGUUGUUUGAAAUCACAACUGUUUUCUCGUCGUAUCUAUUCCCUCAGUCGAUGAAGACUGUAGGUGUACACAUUGGUGUUGGGUUUGUGGUUUGUAGUCUAGCUGCCUGUCUAGCUUUGAUUCUCAAAGAAGCAUCUGUAUUUUGAUGAGAAUCUACUUUUAUUAAUAAUAAUAAUAAUAAUAAUAAUUUACAUAAGAUUUGUGAGGCACCAAAGCCACUUGACAAUCAAAUGCUCAAGGCGCAGCUUUGUACAUGUAUUCAUCUUCAUUCCGUUAUCCACUUUGAAAU